AUGUCUGAACAGAUCAAGAGAGUCUUUGCGGACAAGAAGGAGCAGGACCAGGCUGCUUUCGUCACAUUUUUGACAGCUGGUUUCCCCCAGCGGGACUCUACAGUCCCUCUCAUGCUUGCCCUUGAGGCCGGAGGUGCCGACAUCAUUGAGCUCGGUAUGCCCUUCAGCGACCCUGUCGCUGACGGUCCUGUCAUCCAAAAAGCCAACACUGUUGCUAUCAACAACCACGUCAGCUACGCCGACUGUCUCGAGUAUGUGCGCCAGGCUCGUGAUCAGGGUCUCAAGGCUCCCGUCUUGCUUAUGGGUUACUACAACCCCCUCAUUGCUUAUGGUGAAGAGAAGGCCGUCCAGGAUGCCCUUUCUGCUGGCGCCAACGGUUACAUCAUUGUCGAUCUGCCGCCAGAGGAGGCCAUCAAGUUCCGAAACAUAUGUACCUCUUCCGGUGUUUCUUACAUUCCCUUGAUCGCUCCCUCGACCAGCAUCGACCGAGUCAAGUUCUUGACCUCCAUUGCCGACUCCUUCAUCUACGUCGUCUCCAAGAUGGGUGUCACCGGCUCCUCUUCCGGUGAGGCCAUCUCUGCCUCCCUCCCCGAGCUCGUCAAGCGCAUCCAAACCUUCACCCCCAUCCCCCUCGCCGUCGGUUUCGGUGUCGACAACCGUACCCACUUUGACUUUGUCACUUCUGCCGGUGCCGAUGCUGUUGUUGUUGGAUCCAAGAUCAUCAAGCUUGUCUUUGACCACGCCACCGAUGGACAGGCGGCAAAGGAAGUGGAGGCGUUCUGCAGGGAGAUCACGCUCAAGGACCAAAACCCGCCUGCGUUGAACCGCAAGUCUGCCCUUUCAUCCGCCCCCGCUCCCCCUCUCCCUAUCCCAUCCUCCACUCCCCUCGCCGAGGCCGAGACUAGAGUCACCGCCCCCGGCAAGCUCCCCUCUCGAUUCGGUCUCUUCGGAGGUGCCUACGUCGCCGAGUCGCUCGUAGACUGUUUGGCCGAGCUCGAGGACGCGUACGUCAAGGCGAAGGAUGACCCAGAGUUCUGGAAGGAGUUUGAGAGCAUGUACGGGUACAUGAACAGGCCUAGCGAGCUGUAUCUUGCAGAGAGGUUGACUGAGGAGAUGGGUGGUGCCAAGAUCUGGCUCAAGCGAGAGGACCUCAACCACACUGGUUCUCACAAGAUCAACAAUGCCGUCGGUCAGAUCCUUCUUGCCAAGCGAUUGGGCAAGAAGCGUAUCAUUGCCGAGACUGGUGCUGGCCAGCACGGUGUCGCCACUGCUACCGUGUGUGCCAAGUUUGGCAUGCAAUGCGACAUCUACAUGGGCGCUGAAGACGUCCGUCGACAGGAGCUCAACGUCUUUAGAAUCAAGAUGUUGGGUGGUAACGUCAUCCCCGUCACUUCUGGUACCCAGACUUUGAAGGAUGCCGUCAACGAGGCUAUGAGGGACUGGGUGACAAGACUGGACUCUACGCACUACCUUAUCGGAUCUGCUAUCGGUCCCCAUCCUUUCCCCACCAUUGUGCGAGACUUCCAGAGGGUGAUUGGACGAGAGAUCAAGAGCCAAUUGUAUGAGAAGACGGGCAAGCUGCCGGAUGCUGUGGUGGCAUGUGUUGGUGGUGGUUCCAACGCUAUCGGUACCUUCUUUGACUUUAUCGAGGACGAGAGUGUGAGAUUGGUCGGUGUCGAGGCCGGUGGUGAAGGUAUCGACACUGAGCGUCACUCUGCUACUCUUACAAAGGGUGUCAUGGGUGUCGUCCACGGUGCCGCCUCUUACAUCAUCCAAUCUGCCGACGGCCAGCUCGUCCCAACCCACUCCAUCUCUGCCGGUCUAGACUACAACUCUGUCGGCCCGGAGCACUCUCACCUCAAACACAUCGGCAGGGCCGAGUAUGUCGUUGCGGACGACAUUCAGUGUUUGACGGCGUUCAAGAUGUGUACGCAGUUGGAGGGUAUCAUUCCUGCGCUUGAGAGUUCGCAUGGUCUCUGGGGAGGGUUCCAAUUGGCGAAGAGCUUGCCCAAGGAUCAGGAUGUUGUCAUCUGCUUGAGUGGUAACGGUGCCAAGGAUGUGGCCGAGGUUCUCUUGACCCUCAAGAAGAAGGAGUACGCCGACAAGCUCGACUGGCACGUUGCUCAAUAA